AUCCGUGCAGAAACUUCUGACCACAAAGUUUCUGUUGUGGGAGGCGUGUUAUAAAAAGAGACGUGUGGAGUGGGGGGGUCACUGCAAGCCUGCAGCGUCUGUCCCACCAUGAUCUGCUGCAUCCUUUACGUCUUUCUGCAAAUCUCCCUCACAGGGGCUGCUGAGAGCGGCAUAGUCGGUGGCAGGGAGGCAAAGCCGCACUCCAGACCGUACAUGGUGUCAGUCCAGUAUCGGGGAGUACAUUCAUGUGGAGGGAUCCUUAUUCAGAGGGACUUUGUUCUGACUGCAGCUCACUGCAAAAAUGAGACCUGGGGUUCUUGCACCGUGGUGCUCGGAGCACACGACAUCACCAAGAAAGAGAGAACUCAGCAACGCAUCGAAGUGGACGAGUAUUUCGCUCAUCCAGGGUUCACUGGGAACUUAAACAAUGACAUCAUGUUACUGAAGUUGAAGAAGAACGCCACGCUGAAUAAGUACGUGAGGACCAUAGGACUGCCUAAGAAGAACGGGGAAACACCCGCCAACAUUAAAUGUGCUGUGGCCGGCUGGGGACUAACCAGAGCUAAUGGAUCUCGUUCAAGUGUCCUUAAAGAAGCCACAGAGAAGAUGCAGUUCAGCACUGAGUGCAAACACAUUUGGCAAAAACACUUUAACUCUGGUCACAUGAUAUGCACCAAGUUUACCAGACGGGAUGGAGGUGUUUGCCAGGGAGACUCCGGUGGGCCACUUAUCUGCAACACAAAGCCUCAGGGUAUAACAGCCUUCAUCUGGGGAGAGGACUGCAAUAAUCCACAGUACCCGCAUGUCUAUACUAAAGUCAGCUCCUUCAUCCCGUGGAUCAAGCAAACAAUGGAGGAGCAGGAAUGAUGCACGAGUCAGAGGAGCA